AUAAUGGGUAUGUCUAUUUCAAAUGUGAUAAUAAACCAAUUCCAUUUUUAAAGCAGAUUAUAUACACUUUUUGCUCUUGUUUGAAAAAGUAAAUUAAAACAAACAUUGAACAUCGAGAAAACAAUUUGAGAGACAACUGAAGGAAACAAAGGGCUGAAAUGGGAACUGCUCCUUAUACUCUACUAACGUGCGCACCUGUAAAUUCCUCCAUUGCUGAGCUCUCUGUAGCUCUUAUGGGGUAGUUUGUUAGGGCUUUUGAUCCUCUCUAUUUCCGAUUCCUCCUUGAUUGUUUACUUUCUCAGUUGGUGGUUAACAAUUCCAGAAAUUGCUGUUCUCUUCGCUAUUGCUGGAAUAGGAUUUAUUGAUUGUUGUGUAAUUGGAGAGGUGUAGCAGAGGGGCCUAUCCUCGCAAGAGGUUGUCAAUGGAGACUACAAGUUCGCCUACCUUGUUGCGCAGCUGCUUGAGGUUGAGAUCUACUAAGAGAGUUGAUGCAUCUCAGCUCCAUCCAUCGGGAGUUGUUUGGGCCGAUGCAAUCCCUGGGCUGGGGGUCUCCUUGCUACCUCGGAUGGUGCAUCUGCAUCAUCAUCUUGGGCGGAUGAGGUAAGGCAAAAACAAUGCUUUCAUGAUGGACUGGGAUUAGCCUAUAUUCCCCCAAGUAAACCGAUUGAAGGAGUUGAUUUAGUGGUUAUUGAGCCUGUGGAUGUGGUGGAAGGUGUGGAAAAAUGGAAGCAUGCUAUCAUUGGCUUUACACUUGGUAAACCUCCUCCCUUUACUGUUAUGAAGCUAUUCUGCAAGUAGAGAUGGUAGAAAUAUGGCAAAGCUGAAUGUUCACUCUUGAAAUCAGGGGUUUUUGUCUUCAAUUGUGUCUCUGAGGAUGUGAAAAUUGAGAUACUCAAUCAAUCCCCAUGGCCGUUUGCGAGUAAGAUGCUGUUCUUAAAGCCGUGGUCUAAGGAAAUGGAUAUUACUGAGGAAUUGGAGACUGUGCCCAUCUGGAUUCGAUUUCCUGGGCUUAAGCUGCACUACUACACUAAGAAAAGUUUGAGUAAGCUAGCCAGUUUUGUGGAUAAGCUGCUAUACACUGACAAGAUGACUGCUACGCAGGAAAGAAUUUCUUAUGCCAGAGUGAGUGUUGAGCUAAAAAUGGACCAUAAAUUGCCCGAUUGCGUCCCUUACAUAAAUGAGUUUGGGUUGGCUCAAUCACAACCAGUUGAAUAUGAAUGGUUGCCUCCUUGGUGUAAGGAAUGCACUAAGUUUGGUCAUAUCAUAAAAUUUUGUCCAAACAAACCUGAACUAAAGUCCGUCUGGGUUCCUAAGGCCAAAGGACCAGAGCAGAGCACUACAUCCUCUACUGUUCAGCCAAGCCUAGGACCUGAAGAUGAGGAAGUGACCCAUGAUGAGAGUCCUAUUGUUUCCAGGCCACCUGCUGAGCCUACUGUAAAUGCUUGCGGUGAUGCUUCUAUGGAGCCCAUUGAGCCUAUUGUGCCUCCUCUAGAUGAUUUUCCACCUCUUCCCCGGAAUGGUCCAUCCACUUCUACAGCUAAUAAAUUCAAGCUUCUUGCUGAUGUGGGGGAGAUGACUGAGGAAGUGUCAAAUAGUGGUGGCAAUAAAGAGAAAAAGAAGAUAGACCAACCUCUACCGUUGAAAAGAUCAUCUCAAAUUCAAAACCAGGUGAAGGAGCAAAGAAGGAAAGGAGGUGGAGCCUCUGUUUGGUCGUGUGUACUGAGGAAAUGCAAGAUAAAAAGAGAUCCUAAAGGCUAGAGUGAGGAGUUACAAUGGAUGGUCAACCAUGGCUCUCAAGGGAUGUUUUGCUUCUUGUGUGAAACAUGUAGCUUUUGCUGCUACAGUUUAUGCUGUUUGGAGAGGUUGGAACCAGAAGCUAUUCAGAGAGAUUCGCAGCAUUGUGCUAGUAUGGAGAACUAUACCCAAGCUCCAAAAAAAUUUGGAGCUAUGCUUAAAAUUAGGAGGUUCACUUGCUGCAUUUGAUCCCAUUCUUUAGUAAAUAAUAUAGUUUAGCAAUAGAGUGGAUUACCGUUCAAUCUGUGAUAUAAAUUGGUAUGGGGAGCCCCCAAUCUUUGUGUAAACUCAACAGCUUAUCAAUAAAAGUAUGAAGCCUACAAAAAAAACAUUGAAGAUCGAAAA